AUGGCAACGGACGCCGCCGGCGGGGAGGGGCCCACGCGCAGGCGCGGCGGGUCCGGCCCGAGGCGGGGAGGGCGCGAGGGUUCCAACGCGCAGGCGCGGGGGCUCUGGCUCGAAGCGGGGAGGGAGCGAGGGGAGAACGCGCAGGCGCGGGGAUUCCGGGCCGAGGCGGGGCGGGAGCGAGGGAAGAACGCGCAGGCGCGGGGAUUCCAGGCCGAGGCGGGGCGGGAGCGAGGGGAGAACGCGCAGGCGCGGGGAUUCCGGGCCCAGGCGGGGAGGGAGCGAGAGGAAGAACGCGCAUGCGCGGGGAUUCCGGGCCGAGGCGGCAGGGAGCGAGGGAAGAACGCGCAGGCGCGGGCAUUCCAGGCCGAGGCGGGGCGGGAGCGAGGGAAGAACGCGCAUGCGCGGGGAUUCCAGGCCGAGGCGGGGCGGGAGCGAGGGGAGAACGCGCAGCGGAUGCGGUGA